AUGGGUCGGAGAAAAAACACGGGAGCCGUAAGAGAAUUUCUCAACCAUCUAGUAGCUGAGAGACAUUCGCUGUUGCUGCUUGUUCCUUUGGUCUUAGCUUUCUUGGCAAUCGAGAGAUGGGUCUUCGGUUACUCCUUUUGGGUUCCUCUCGUUGUCGCUGUUUGGGCUUCUCUUCAGUAUGGAAGUUACCAAAGGGCAAUACAUGCAGAAGUUCUAACUAGGAAGUGGAAGCAAAACGUAUUUAAUGCGUCGACGACAACUCCAUUAGAACACUGCCAAUGGUUGAACAAGUUACUGUCUGAAAUUUGGCUAAACUACCUGAACAAGAAACUCUCUCUCACAUUUGCUUCUAUGGUAGAGAAACAAUUGAAGCAACGAAGAUCAGGACUAAUAGAAAAUAUACAACUGUUGGAGUUUUCUCUUGGCUCAUCCCCUCCUUUGCUCGGACUUCAUGGAACUUGUUGGUCGCAAUCAGGGGAACAGAAAAUCAUGCGAUUAGAUUUCAAUUGGGAUACAACGGAUCUAAGUAUCUUGUUGCAAGCCAAGUUGUCCAAACCGUUUAACCGAACAGCACGAAUCGUUGUCAACAGUGUUUGCAUCAAAGGCGAUCUUCUAAUCAGACCGAUUCUUGAAGGAAGAGCAAUGCUCUAUUCCUUCGUAUCGAACCCUGAAGUUAGGAUCGGAGUUGCUUUCGGUGGUGGCCAGUCUCUUCCCGCUACACAGAUUCCCGGCGUCUCCACUGGGCUGGUAAAAAUCCUAACGGAAACAUUGAACAAGACGAUGGUGGAGCCACGCCGGGGAUGUUUCUCGUUACCGGCUACUGAUUUUAACAAAGAAGCCGUCGGAGGAAUCAUCGACGUAACUGUAGUCUCCGGUAGUAAUCUUCACCGCAGCGAUCUUAGUGGAAGCCCCCCGAGAAGUUCCGACGUUGGAGACAGCAGCAGCAACAAAGACAAACCUGUUCAGACAUAUGUAGAGGUCGAACUCGAACAGAUGUCUCGAAAAACAGAGAUGAGAUCAGGACCGGAUCCUGCUUGUCAUUCCACGUUUAAUAUGAUCUUACAAGAGAGCGCAGGGUCACUUAAAUUCAAUCUCUAUGAGAAUAAUCCUGGAAGUGUCUUAUUCAAUAACCUCGCUAGCUGCGAAGUUAAGAUGAAAUACGUAAAUGAUGAUUCGACGAUGUUUUGGGCCUUGGGAUCUGACAACGGUGUGAUUGCGAGACACGCCGAGUUCUGUGGUCAAGAAAUCGAGAUGGUUGUUCCCUUUGAAGGAGUUAGCUCCGGCGAGUUAACCGUCAAGCUGCUUUUGAAAGAAUGGCAUUUCUCCGACGGGUCACAUAGCUUGAACAGUGGCCACUCGAGUUCUCUACAGUCGCUCGAUGCCUCAUCAUCCAGCUUACUCUCGAAAACCGGCCGGAAAAUAAUCGUCACGGUGUUAGCCGGGAAGAAUCUUGUCUCGGACGAGGCCGGGAAAUGCGACGCCUCUGUCAAGUUACAGUAUGGAAAAACUAUACAGAAGACGGUGAACGCUCUAGAGUGUGUGUGGAACCAGAAGUUUGAGUUUGAGGAGUUGGCAGGAGAAGAAUAUCUGAAGGUGAAAUGCUACAGAAAAGAGAUGCUUGGCACUGAAAACAUCGGUACAGCUACGCUGGGUCUACAAGAAAUCAAUAACAGCCAAAAGCAUAUUUGGGUUCCUCUUGAAGAUGUUAGUUCUGGAGAAAUCGAGCUUUUGAUUGAAGCUGUUAGUCCCGAGUACAACGAAGCGGAUUCUGGUAUAGGCUUUAUUGAAUUGGUUCUUGUUGAAGCGCGGGAUCUCCCCCCUGCGGAUUCAGGAGAAACCAGUGAUCCUUAUGUUAGAGUGCGAUUUGGAAAGAAGAUACAGAGAACAGAUGUGAUUUUUAAAACAUUGCAUCCGAGAUGGAACCAGACAAUGGAGUUUCCAUAUGAUGGGAGCUCCUUGGAGCUGCAUGUCAAAGACCAUAACACUGUGUUUCCUUCUUCAAGUAUCGGUAGCUGCCUCGUGGAGUACCAAUGGUUAAAGCCGAACGAGACUGCAGAAAAGUGGAUACCUCUCCAAGGAGUGAAAUGUGGCGAGAUUCGUGUCAGAGUGACGAGAAAAGUCACGGAGAUGCCGAGACGCGUCAGCGCGGACUCUGAUUCACUGCUUAACAAGACUCUGUUGGCGGGUAAGCAGAUAAAGCAGGAGGUGAUGAAAAAGCUUCCGGAUUUGAUUUACGACGAAGAUAUUGGUGAAGGUAUUGGGGAAGCUUUCGGAGAGUUUGAGAGUUCGGAACUCGUCCCCGGGUUCGGAAUGUAG